UUGCGUGCUCUUUCUCGCUUGCGCAGCCUGUCGGCUCCGAUUGCGUGCUCUUUCUCUAUCGCGUAGCCGAUCGGCUCCGAUUGCGUGAGCGCUGCGGCCGCGCCGACCGCCAUUUUGAUAGCAACAUUUGAACGUAAUAGUUGUGCGUACUUGUACGAAAAGAUGAAUGAUGAAAAAUUAAUAAUACUCGUGUCAAAAUAUGAGUGUUUAUUUGACAUAACCAAGCCAUCAUAUAGCGAUCGGAUAAUGAAAGACAAUGCAUGGGAGGAAAUUAGCAAAUGUCUCGGAAUAAGUGUGACGCAGUGCCAGGAUCGUUGGAAGAAACUGCGAGAUAACUUCAGAAAAGCCUAUUAUAACCGAAAAGGCAAGAGUGGCGAUGGUGCAACUACGUCCAAAUUGAUAAAAUUUGAAAAAGAACUUUCUUUUAUAAUACCAUUUUUUCGCAAUCGAAACCAAAUAUCUAAUGUAACAUUAUCAUCGGAUGAUUCAGAGCCUGGCACACCAAUACCACCACCAUCGACAUCAUCUAAACGUUCUGACCAUUCUGAAGUUGAAUCGCUUGCAAGUACUUCUGGCUCGAAAAAGAGACCACGCUUAAGCAAAGAUGUUGCUACGGUUUUCGAAGAGUAUCUUGAAGAAAAAAGAAAUACUACACCCCGUGACAAGGCAUUACGUAAUUUUUUUUUGUCUAUGUCAGAUACAGUGGAAACAUUCCCAAAAGAAGUCCAAGCACGAAUUAAAAGGCGCGUGUUUAACAUUGUUAAUGAAGCUGAAUUAAGUCUGUAUGAAAAUAGUACAGAUUUGAAUUAUUCUUUGUCUAUAAAUUCACCGCCAUCGACUAAUCAAUCUACUUACCUAGUGUCAAACGAAACCUAUAUUCCUCAAAACUAUCCAGAUCAGACUACUUACGGGUACAAUACCAGCACACAAAAUACAAAAUAAUAAACAAUCAAAAACAAUAAU